AUGUGUCACAGUGCCUCUAAUACUGGUAAUGCUAGAGGUGAUGUUUUUGGUAAACAGAUCUCAUCUGGACCUCUCUGUUUCUCAGGGGCCAAGUGGACUCCCCAUGAAGCCUCCAACCAGACUCAGGCCAGCACGCUCCUGAGGCUCCUACUGGAUGACCACACGAAGGGGAGGAAUGACACCAACUCCACCAGGGCUCUGAAGGUGCCAGAUGGAACUAGCGCCGCCUGGUAUAUCCUCACCAUCAUCGGCAUCUACGCGGUGAUUUUCGUCUUCCGGCUGGCCAGCAACAUUCUCAGAAAGAAUGACAAGUCCUUAGAAGAUGUUUAUUACUCAAAUCUGACCUCUGAACUCAAAAUGAAAGGACUCCAGGGCAAGGUCGCCAAGUGCUCCUCACUGACCAUCAGCAACAGAGCUGUGCUGCAGCCCUGCCAGGCCCACCUGGGGGCAAAGGGCGGAAGUAGCGGGCCCCAAACCGCAACCCCAGAGACCCCCUGA